GUACAUAUAGGGCUAGUGCACAGCUAGCUCUAUGAUAGAGUUGAAUGACAUCUUUCGCAAUCAGUCUCUUCUUGAACUCGCGGCAGCGCUGAACCAUCGCUCUGACGAAUACCAACCCGACAGACCCGGCGCGGUUGAAGAAAGGUUUCGAUGCGAAGUACAGCACCAGCUGAUCUACUCAGCGCCAACAGAGAACAAAUUCGAUUGCUAAUAAAUCUAAUAAUAUCUGGUUUGAAUUAUCAUCAGCUUACGAGACAUGCCGCCAACACUGUCACAAGCACAAGGUCAAGGCCAUGAAGAAAUUAACCUUAAAGGAGUCUUUGCAGAGAUAUCUGCAGCACUGAGGGAACGGAUCAUGAUCUUUGAUGGUGCGAUGGGGUCAAUGAUUCAAACCUAUAAGUUUGAUGAGAAGGCUUUCCGUGGAGAAGAGUUCCGCAAUCACCCGAAGGACUUGAAGGGAAACAAUGAUCUCUUGACAUUCACUCAACCUGAUGCGAUCUAUGCAAUACACAAGGCUUAUUUGGAUGCUGGAGCUGACUUUAUCGAAACAAACACAUUCAGUGGAACAUCAAUAGCACAAGCAGAUUAUGGUCUAGAACAUCUGGUAUAUCGUUUGAACAAGGAGGCUGCGGAACUCGCUAAGAAGGCUACCAAUGCAUCACUGACAGAGACAGGAGUUAAGCGUUAUGUAGCUGGUGCUAUGGGCCCAACCAACAGAACUCUCUCAAUCUCACCUUCAGUAGAAAACCCUGACUACAGAAAUAUCACGUUCGAUGAGAUGGUUUGUUCGUAUGAAGAGCAAGGCCGAGGUCUGUUAGAUGGAGGAGCCGACGUUCUACUGGUAGAGACUAUCUUUGAUACGCUCAAUGCAAGGGCAGCUCUCUAUGCUAUUCAGAAUCUCUUUGAGAAGGGUUAUCAGGAAGUUCCUGUGUUUAUAUCGGGAACAAUAGUAGAUAAGAGUGGGCGUACGUUGUCUGGUCAGAUGAGCGAAGCGUUUGUGAUCAGUGUGUCUCAUAUGAAUCCCAUGUGCCUAGGGUUAAACUGUGCUCUCGGUGCCAACGAGAUGAGACCAUUUAUAGAAGCUAUCAGUCUAGCAACACCUUCCUAUGUCAUAUGUUAUCCCAAUGCAGGUCUACCCAACACAUUUGGUGGUUACGAUGAGACUCCUGAAAUGACGGCAGACCAGCUUGGUUCCUUUGCUCGUGACGGCUUGGUCAAUAUAGUAGGGGGUUGCUGCGGUACCACGCCCGCUCACAUCAAAGCAAUAGCAGACGCUGUUAGGAUUUAUAAACCAAGGAUCCCUCCUACGGAUGUUCAUCCAAAUUCACUGAUGCUGUCAGGAUUGGAGCCAAUGAUCGUCAGCAAGCAUACCUUGUUCGUCAAUAUUGGAGAGCGUUGUAACGUGGCUGGUUCAAAGCGGUUUGCAAAGCUAAUCAAGCAAAGCAAAUAUGAUGAAGCUCUGAAUGUAGCCAAAGAACAGGUAGCUGCAGGAGCUCAGGUCCUUGAUAUCAACAUGGAUGAAGGAAUGUUGGAUGGAGUACAGGCCAUGACAAAGUUUGUCAACCUCAUCGCAUCAGAACCAGAUAUAUGCAAGGUACCUCUAUGUAUCGACUCCUCCAAGUUCCACGUGAUAGAGGCCGGCUUGAAGUGCAAUCAAGGCAAGUGUAUCGUCAACAGCAUCAGCCUCAAAGAAGGCGAGCAAGACUUCCUAGAGAAGGCUCGUAUCAUCAAGAAACACGGAGCUGCGGUGGUUGUCAUGGCGUUUGAUGAGACGGGACAGGCUACUGAGAUAGACAGAAAGGUUGAGAUCUGCACUCGUUCUUUCAACUUGCUGGUACAGGAAGUUGGUUUUGACCCCAAUGACAUCAUCUUUGACCCCAACAUCCUCACCAUAGCAACAGGGAUGGAGGAACACAACGAAUAUGGCAUCAACUUCAUCGAAGCCACCAAAAUAAUCAAGGAGAGUUUACCUGGAUGUAGAGUCAGUGGGGGUUUAUCAAACCUAUCGUUCUCAUUCCGAGGGAAGGACGUCAUACGUGAAGCUAUGCAUAGUGUAUUCUUAUACCAUGCUAUUAAGGCUGGUAUGGACAUGGGUAUCGUGAAUGCUGGAAACCUUCCACUCUAUGUUGAAAUUGAACCUAAACUUCUUCAACUAUGUGAAGAUCUUCUGUGGAACAGAGACCUACUUGCCACUGAAAAGAUAUUGGAGUAUGCCGAGAACCUCGGAGCUGGCGCUAAGAAAGCAGUUGCAGACGAGUCAUGGAGGAAUGACAGUGUAGAGGGUAGAUUAGAGUAUUCACUAGUCAAGGGUAUUGACAAGUAUGCAAUAGAGGAUACAGAAGAAGCAAGGCUGAACACCGAGAGAUAUCCAAGGCCAUUGAAUAUCAUCGAGGGACCACUCAUGAAAGGUAUGAGUAUUGUUGGUGAUCUGUUUGGAGCGGGUAAGAUGUUUUUACCUCAGGUUAUCAAAUCAGCGAGGGUGAUGAAGAAAGCCGUCGGUCAUCUCAUUCCGUUCAUGGAGAAAGAAAAGGAAGAAGCCUUCAAGGAAUCGGGACAAGAAGAGUCUUUCAAUAGCGGUACCAUAGUCCUAGCCACGGUCAAGGGAGAUGUUCAUGACAUCGGCAAGAACAUUGUAGGCGUUGUAUUAGGCUGUAAUAAUUACAGGGUCAUUGACCUUGGGGUCAUGACCCCUUGCGAGAAGAUACUCCAGACAGCUAUUCAAGAAAAAGCCGACAUUGUUGGACUAUCUGGUCUGAUAACACCCUCACUUGAUGAGAUGAUCCAUGUUGCCAAGGAGAUGGAGAGACUUGGUUUCUCUCUUCCGUUGCUCAUAGGGGGCGCUACAACUUCUAAAACACACACGGCCGUCAAGAUUGCUCCUUGCUACUCCUCACCGACUAUCCAUGUACUAGAUGCCUCUAAGAGUGUUGUAGUGUGUUCAUCCUUGAUUGACCAAGAUCAGUAUGAUGACUUUGUUGAAGACAUCAAGGAAGAAUAUGAAGAAGUUAGAGAAGAUCACUACGAUUCCCUUAAGGAUAGAAAAUAUCUUUCUCUGUCAGAAGUCAGAGAAAGGAAGUUUGAAAUUGAUUGGAGCGUCUUUGAGCCUGUUGAACCUUCUUUCAUUGGAACAAAGGUUUAUGAGGAUUACGACAUAUCUCUACUGGUUCCUUAUAUCGACUGGAAACCAUUCUUUGAUGUAUGGCAACUGAGAGGGCGCUAUCCAAAUAGAGGAUAUCCAAAGAUCUUCAAUGACAAGCUGGUUGGUCAGGAAGCCAAGAAGGUGUUUGAUGAUGCCCAGGAUAUGCUGAAGAAGGUUGUCGAUCAGAAGCUUCUGAGAGCUAGUGGCAUCGUCGGUCUGUAUCCUGCCCACAGCGUAGGGGAUGACAUCCACGUGUUCUCUGAUAGCGAGAAGACGUGCUCUCAGAAACCUGAUGCUGUGUUCUAUGGUCUCAGACAACAGGCGGAGAAGGAGAGUGAAUACUACACAUGUCUGUCAGACUUCAUAGCCCCUAAAGAGACGGGAAUCACGGACUAUGUCGGUGGCUUUGCUGUGUCUGUAGGGUUUGGAGUGGAAGAGAUGUGUAAGAGAUUUGAGGAGGAGAUGGACGAUUAUAGCAUUAUUAUGAUCAAGGCUCUAGCUGAUAGGCUAGCCGAGGCCUUUGCUAGUCUUUUUCCCCAAAGUGCUAGAUUUUUUAUUUGGCGGCCAUUUCAAAAGUGUAUAGUUUUUUUUGGGACGCGCUGUAAAUAUAUAUAUCCAUUGUUUAUACAGGGUAUCCGCCCUGCUCCUGGCUACCCUUCCCAACCAGACCAUACAGAGAAAGAGACCAUGUGGAAUCUAAUGGACAUUGAGACCAGUACUGGUAUUAGUCUAACCGAAUCACUAGCCAUGGACCCAGCAGCCUCAGUUUCUGGACUCUACUUUGCUCAUCCAAAGUCAUUCUAUUUUGGUGUGGGAAAGAUUGCUAAAGACCAGGUGGAGGAUUACGCUGCCAGGAAACAGAUGGAUGUGAAAGAUGUCGAGAAAUGGCUUCGACCAAACCUGUCUUACGACUGUUGACAUCAGCCUUACUGCAUCCAUUCAUGUAGUAAUCAGUGACCACUGCUCUCUGGAUGGGUUUAACUGAAGCAGGGUUCAAAGCUCUCCUGAUUUUGUGUUAUACAUCCGUGCAUUAGUUGUGUUAGCAGGGGGUCUAUUACACAGUAGCAAGUGACCAUACGAUGCGAUGUGAUCGCACAUUAUCAUCAAUACAUGCAAUCGAUCGCCGCAUCACAUUUGUAACAUUUCAAAUGUUUAUUAUUUCGAAAUUGCUCUUGAACCUCGUCUAUUUGUCUGCACGUUUCUCAUCCUUUAAUACUGAGCACAUAAUCCACGGGGAUUUGGUGCUUUCACGAUAAACAUCUGCCCUCUGGUUAACUUGUGUGUGACAGACCAGUAUAUUUCAAUGAUAGAAUUGGUAAUGGAUAAUAUGAUAGCUCUUUAAUGUAUUUUUUUUUUAAUUCUGAAAGAGUACUAUGUAAAUAAAUUAUCAGUGUUUCCCCUUCAGAUUAUUGUGCUGGAAUCCUAGCUUCAAAUUUUUUUUUGCAGAGUAUGAAAUCUGGUGUUUAUGGUCACAAUGUGUGAUAUGUAUUCUAUCUGGGGCAUUUGAAAAAUCACCUGGAUAAUAGACUUUCACUCUUGUAUAUCUUCGGAUGAUAUUUGAAGGUUUGCAUGGUGGUGUGAACAGUGGCAGGAUUGAAUUAAGCUACACUGUGUGUAAAGUCCUGCAAAGAACUGAGAGAAAGUGGAGAGAGGAAGAAGAGAAAUAUAGAGGCAGGAAAGUUGAGGUUCGAAAGUAGAGUAUCUCUUUCAGAAAUGAGCAAGGACUGUAAACCAGGAAGAGUAAAAAAUGUUUUUGAGUACAGGCAAGAUGACAGGCUUGAGCUGAAGAGGUGAGAGAAGGCUGGCUUGACUCGGCGAGUGGAGUUGAAGAGCCGGAGUAGAUUGAAAUCUUGACGUUUCUGGCAGGUUGUCUGUCCGUCUUCAAGUAUCAGUGUAUUAUAUUUAAGAUCUAUGAACUAUUUAUUUGC